UCCACUGGGUCAGGGUGCCAGGCGCGUGAUGUUCCUCACGCACCCUCUGGUUUGACGCAAUCGGUGCGUGAGCUCGGCGCGGGGGCGAGGGAAGCGAGAAGCUCCCCAGGCGGGGCUGGCAGCGGCAACGACGGGCUGAACCGCCUGCUGCCGCGGCCGCCACCGCCACCAAGGUUAUUAAAGAGCGGAGAGGGGGAGGGGUCAAAACCACAAGCAAAAAAAAAAGGCCACGCGGCGCCUGCCGGCCUAUGUGACGGAAGGAGAGGCGUGUCAGUCGGCUGAUUAAAGACAACAGAGACCGGGAAGGGCAGUGAGGAGUUCAGAUCAAACCGCCCCAACAGAGGGCAAAGGGCGAGGGCACCGGGGGACAACCGUCCGUUCGUCUUUCAGGGCAACCAAGGCCGCAGAAGUCAACUCAUAACUACUGGAUUUGUUUAAUUGUGUCUCUCUUUGACGAGAGAGACCCGGGCAACCGAUUUACCUGCGAGGGAAGGAGGAGGAGAAGAACGAUCGUCCCGUGGACGGAGCGGCCGCACGGCUCGAGCGCCGGCUGGACGACAGACCGGCCGUUACCGACCGUUACCGGCCGCGUUCGAUGAAGAGCGCGCGCGCGCGAGCGACCCCCUCCCUCUCCCCGGGUCGCGCGCUGUCUGCAAGCCGCUGCCCCGCCACAGUCACCUCCCCCCCUCCUGCAUCCUCGGUCAUAACGAUCCCUUCCACCGCCUGCGCUAACCGUUUUAACCGACAAGGAAAGGAGCUGCUCUUAUUGUCGCGGUAGAUGUUUAGUACGGAGAAAGCGGCCCUGGGGGGUGGCGCCGCUGCCGCUGCUGCCUCCGCCGCCGCCGCUGGUUCGAGACGAAGCUCGGCCUCUCCGAGCGAGCGGGGACCGACGGCCGCGUUGAAAGCUAACUCGCAUGACAGGGCGAAGAACAACUGCAGCAGCCCCAGCCCCAGCCCCAGCCCCAAUUCAACUCCAGCAUCGGAAUCCGGGCGGAUAGUUCACGAGGAACAGCGCCAGCACCAUCCGGAAGCUGGCAAGGUUGUGGAGGGUUUGCUGAGCAAAUACACCAAUCUGAUCCAGGGCUGGCAGAACAGGUAUUUUGUUCUGAACUGUGAGCUGGGCGUACUGCAAUACUUUGUAAACGAGCAGUGUAAAAGUCAGAAACCACGAGGAGUUCUACAUUUGUCUGGUGCAGUGAUCUCUCCCAGUGACGAAGUUUCUCACAUGUUUAUAGUUCAAGCUGCCAAUGGUGAACUGUAUAAACUCAGAGCGGGGGAUUCCAAAGAGAGAUUCUACUGGGUGAACCAGCUUCAGGCUUCUGCCAAGCACACAGACAGUAAUGCCAAGGUUACUCCUUCAGUGAGGGCGAGAAGUUUAUCUUUACUACCCCCUGGAGCAUCAAACUCAGCGCCUCUUGGGAACCAGAAGCAACAGACACACAGUGGACCAGGAAUUGUCACUAUUACCCAUCAUAAGUCUCCUGCAAUUACCCGACGUGCCAAGACUCAAUGUCCAGGGCGCCUUCUAGAUGUUAAAGAGAUGAUGAGCCAGGCAGAAGGACAACUGAAGAACCUUGUUCAUUCAAUAGAAUCUCUUCCAUCUUCUGGACCUCUGUCUGCAUUGGAUCAAGAUUUACUUCUUUUGAAAGCUACCUCAGCUGCUACCAUGAGCUGCCUAGGUGAUUGCUUGAGCAUUCUGCAGCAAAGUGCACAGCAAGCAGCACAGCACAACAAAAGAUUUUCAACAGAUAGUAUGUCAGGAUGGCAAGGGCCAAGGUCACGCUCAGCUGAGCAACUGAAGAAUGGAAAUGUGUGCUCUUCGCCUUCAUUGACACCAGCGAAUGUAAACAUUAUGUGGUCCUCAACACCUGGUCAGGUCAACCAAGUGCUCCAGCAGCCCUCUGAGCAUCAAUGUCCUGAAUCAAUGAAUCCUGAAGACGAGAUAACAGAUAGUGAAGAGAAUGUGGAAGAUGAGUUGGGAGUCCUGGAUGAUCAACGGAGUGUCAUAUUACACCUUCUUUCUCAACUGAAACUUGGCAUGGAUCUUACUAGGGUGGUGCUUCCAACAUUUAUUUUAGAGAAGAGAUCAUUGCUGGAAAUGUAUGCAAACUUCAUGGCCCACGCAGACAUGUUUGUGUCAAUCACGGCAGGUACCACAGCUGAAGAGAGGAUUAUUUGCUUUGUGGAAUAUUACCUGACUGCAUUCCACGAGGGCCGAAAGGGGGCAGUGGCAAAAAAACCCUAUAAUCCAAUCAUUGGAGAAACUUUCCACUGUUCCUGGAAUGUGCCUAAAAAUCAAGUAAAAGCCAGUGGAGUCAACAGCACUUUAACCAUUGCCAAGGACCAGUCUAAGAUCCAUCAGGCCUUUGAGACUUGCAAGGACUCUACGGAAAUCUACAAUGUGAGAUUUACAGCAGAACAAGUGUCCCAUCAUCCACCAGUUUCGGGUUUUUACUGCGAAUGCAAGGAAAGAAAAAUGUGUGUAAAUGCACAUGUGUGGACCAAGAGCAAAUUUAUGGGGAUGUCCAUCGGGGUCACGAUGGCAGGGGAAGGUGUCCUUUUCCUUGGAGAACAUGACGAGGAAUAUGUUUUUACACUGCCUUGUGCCUAUGCGCGUUCCAUACUGACUGUUCCCUGGGUAGAACUGGGAGGUAAAGUUAAUAUACACUGUACCAAAUCGGGAUAUUCUGCUGCUGUCACAUUCCAUACCAAACCUUUCUAUGGAGGAAAAGUCCACAGAGUUACGGCUGAGGUAAAGCAUAAUCCUACAAACACGAUUGUGUGCAAGGCACAGGGGGAAUGGAACGGAACUCUUGAAUUCACAUAUAGCAACGGUGAAACAAAAGUGAUUGAUACGACCAAACUGCCAGUAAUAAGAAAAAAAAUACGGCCCAUCAAAAAGCAAGGAUUGCUGGAAUCAAGGCGUCUCUGGGAGCUAGUGACCAAUGCACUAAAAGUGGGUAAUAUUGAUGCAGCAACAGAGAACAAGCACCUUCUGGAGGAGCGACAGAGAGUUGAGGAGCGGCAAAGAGCAUCGACAAACAUGCUUUGGAAACCAAAGUAUUUUCAAAAAGAGGGAGAUGGUUGGGUGUACUAUCAUCCCAUCUGGAAGGCACACUACUGACAGACUCAAAUUGACCUCCACCAGCUACCUCGGGUAUCCUCCAAUUAGCGAUUUGCCAUCUGCAAAUAACUCUGAGGUGAUGUUGAAAAGAAAAUUAAAAAGGCAAAUGCGUGACAAUGUUAUGUAUAAAAAAUAGAAACAAUAUUGAGUACCAAAUUAAAAAUACUUGCAGGUUCAUGAAAAUAAAUGUAUUCAGGUGUUGUCCUGUAUUCAAUGAGAUCUGCAUACAGGAGAUUGAAAAGUUAAUAAUGGAGAAAUUUUAUUUUAAUGUUUUAAGAUUUUAUAUUUUUCACUUGCAAAGGGUUUUUUGCACUUAAACAAAUAAAUGUGCCAUUGGUGUAGUCACUUUAAGAUAUCUUUGUGAACUAAAUGAUGUAGGACUGUUUUGAUUUGGUUAAUGGGCAUGCCAUUCCAUAAACCCUAUAGUAUUCAGUACCACAGUGCACAUAGAACACUUUUUACUGCAGUGAUUUCCAUCGCUUGCAAAAGUUUAAUUAUUACACCUAGUCAGUUUCUAAAACUAGUCAGAAUGAAUGGCGUUUUGUAAAGAAAAUCCGAGAUUAGUGCUGAGAAACACAACUAUUUGUACCUUAUUGUACCUUAUUUGUACCUUGUAGUUUGGAUAAUGAGACUCAACUUUAUAGUUCCUAUAGGCUAAUCAGAAAGGCCUUUUGGUUUCUACAUGUAAUCAAUUACAAAAUUAGAAUUAUUUGAAAAGAAUGAUAUUGUAAUAAACCCAAUAUUGUCUCAUCCCACAUUCAGAAUUUUAGAGAUACAAUGAGGUGAAAUAUGAUUGAUCUUUUGUCCUUUUUGUAAAAGCAAAACGAUGAUACAUUUAUUUUGCAUCUCUUCUACAUACUUUACUUGAUAUGCAAUUUGUAGCUAGUCACAAAAUUAUUCCAAUUUGUAGCUAGUCACAAAAUUAUUCCAAUUUGUAGCUAGUCACAAAAUUAUUCCACCUGUAGACCUCCUAUGGCUUUUGCAUCCAUUAGACACUUUACCAAUUCUGUUAUCUAAACACCAGCAAAUCACCAACUCGUCUUGAUAGCACUAUCACCUCUUUGGCUUCCGCAAUGCAGCACCCACACACAGUGGAUAUAUAUUCCAGUAGUUAACAAACUUAUGCACUUUGUUCCAGAGCACCUGAUUUCAUAUAAACAUAAUUUAGUAGGCUACUCAGCCUACGCCUCACUGUAACCACAACUCUGCAUUCCUGCCUCUCCCCGGUAAUCAAGAGAGUGAAAGGUUAUCAAGAAUCUAUCGAUCUCCGCCUUAAACACCUUCAAAGACUUUGCUUCCUUUGAUCUGUGAGUGAGAGUUCUGAAAACACGCGUUCCUCUGAGAGAAAAGCCUUUGUCUUAAACAAGCAUUCCCUUUUGUUUUAACCAGUGACCCUCUGGUUCAAGAUUCUCCCACCAUAAUGAAAACAUGCUUUCCACAAAACCCUGCCAAGACUCCUCAGGAUCUUAUGCUUCAAGUCACCUUUCACUUGCCUGAAUUUCAGCGGAAACAGGCCUAGCCUGUUCAAUCGCUCUUCAUAGGACAACCUGCCCAUUUCACAUGUCAGCCAAGUAAAGGUUCUCUGAGCUACUUGCAGCACAUCAACAGUCUUAAUAAUUUAUGGGGAUCUAUACUGUACGCAGCACUCUAGAUGUGAUCUCACCAACAUCUUAUCUCGGUAAGCACAUCUCCCAACCUUUAUAUUGAAAUCCCCUUAAUAAAUAACAUCUGAUUAGUUUCCCUAAUAAUUUACAGUACAAACCUACUAGCCUUUUCCAAACUAUGCUCAAGAACCCUCCUUUUCAGAGCUCUGCAAUUCUUCACCAUGUUAGAUAAAAUGCUUUCUACUUUAGGGGAAAUAAUUUCCUUGAGAAAACCAACUGAUCGCGCAGAGUGAACAUUUAGAUUCACAGCAAGUAUUUAGGCAGGUUUGUCACUGAAUUUCAUAGUAAAAUUAUUUUCCAAACUGAUUAAUUUUUGGAUUUGUUUGUGGAUUCCAGUAAAAUGUCAGCAGUGCCUUUGUGUAUUCUGAUCAGGUUGUAAUACAAUAUGAUAUUUAAGUUGUGCUGAUGUUUACUUCAGUGGUAAGAAUUUUUUUACUGUUCAGAAACUAGUGAUUGUUGAUAUACAGUGGGAUCGCAUGGUGCUGGUUCAUACAAAGCAGGUACAAAGGCGGAGAGUGGUGUGUUGAUCAUUACUACAAUGGGCGUGAACUGUGAAAGUAAGGAGGUCAUGCCGCAAUUGUAAAGCUCUUGGAUGACACCUCUUUGAAGCAUUUUGUUCAGAUCCAGUAUCCAAGCAUAAGAAAGAAUAUAUUUGUCCCUGGCGCAGUGCAGCUGAGAGUCACUGAAUUUAUUUCAAGAAUGACUGGGGGAAGUGGUUGGAUGGUCUUGCCAUGUACUCUUCUGAAAUUUGGUAGAAGGCAGAUAUACAUAACUAGAGGGGCAGGGCAGUCCUAAUACUCUCACAGUAGAAAUAGCUCUUUCAGGAGAGAAGUCUUUAGAAAUAGAUGGAAUUACAUAAGGUCAAGGCUAGCUAGUCUAGAAAAAUAGGCAUAGUCUCAUGGCAAAUGGCUGGCCAUUUCAGAAUGAGGCAAGAAGAAUUUCCACAUCAGAAAAGAGUUGCACAUAGAGUCGUCGUCAUACACCAUAGAAACAGGCCCUUCGGCCCAACCUGCUGACCAACAUGCCCCAUCUACACUAGUCCCACCUGCCUGCCUUUGGCCCAUAUCCUUCUAAACCUAUCCUAUCUACGUACCUGUCCAAACGUCUUUUAAAUGUUAUGAUAGUAUUUGCCUCAACUACCUCCUCUGGCUGCUCGUUCCAUAUACUCACCACCCUUUGUGUUAAAAAAAAGGUUGUCUCUCGGGAUUCUAUCAAAUCUUUAGCCUCUCACCUUAAACCUCUAUAAGAUCACUCAUUAAUUAUGCACUCCAAGGAAUAAUGUCCUAGCCUGUGCAGCCUCUCCCUAUGGGUCAGGCCCUCGAGUCCAGGCGUCUUUGAAAUGAAUGACCAUUCCCAAAAGUAAAUGUCUAGGCUAAAUGAUUCUCAACUGUAGACGACUCGCUGUCAUUUUGCAAACCAUUUUAAUUCUCAUCUAUUGACUUGCAAUUUUAAAGAUCUAAAAUAUUUGAUAUAUAUAAAGUCGACAAUUAAGAGUUAUGCCUUUUGCUUUCAGUAUUAGAAGUUACCUUGAGAAAUUGAGGAUAAGAAAUCCCGUUAAUAGACAAAUCAGAAUUCCAGUGUUAAUUUCUACAGAUUUUGUUAUUACUUUCCCAUAAUAUGACAGACAUCAACAUUCUUUCUCACUCAAGUCAUCUGUACAUUGAAAGGUUGAAAGUCAUGCAAAAUGAAACUAUUUACCAGAAACCAAUAGUAGCAGUGUUGACAAUCAUCUGACCAGGGCACUUUAAAUUAUUUCAGCAGGUUUAGUUGUCCUUUUUAAAAGUAAACUAACAGUAAUGUUAUUAAUAAUAGUAAUUGAGAUUAUGAGAACACCAAAACUCCAUUAGUUCAUAAGAUCAUAAGUGAUAGGAGCAGAAUUAGGCUAUUCAGCCCAUCAAGUCUCCUCCGCCAUUCAACAAUGGCUAACCUAUCUCUCCCUCCUAACCCCAUUCUCCUGCCUUCUCCCCAUGACCUCUGAGACCCGUGCUAAAUUCAGUGUUGUUAAAAUCCUUUGCUGGUUCAAAUAAUCCAGUAAAGAUCCCCAUGUUCAGGCAGUAUGUGAUUUGCCUCAUCCAUGUUCCAUUAAUUGACACUAGGAGUUUAUCUUACCUAAAAGUUUAUUACUUAAAUGAAUGUAACAACUUACUGAAUUUUUUCUGUUCCUCAUUGAUAAUUCCACUUGCCCUUGUAGAAUCUGUCACCACUGCUGAUAUAUUGCAGCAAUGAUUUUGACGCUGGGAGAAAUGGCUGCAGAUUUACUGAGAUUUGCCCAUGUUUGGAGUGAGGCAUUUUUUCUUGGAGCCACUAAAUGUUUGUGAAAGGUUCAGUGGAGGGGUGGCUAUUAAGAGAAACACAUAAACUGGUUUUCAUUGCUUAGAUUAUUUUUGUACACUGUUUCUUUAGAUUUGAAGCAGGAAAUAAAUUAAGGUAUUUAAAUGAGAGAAUUAAUCUCCCUGUUCUCUUCUUAAUAUUCACAAUCCACACUAACGAACUGAUGUCUGAUCUGCAUUGGAUGAAAAUGCAGCAUUCAAAAUUAUUCAAAACUUGUUCAUAAGCAAACUGGUAAAAUAUGCACACUGCUAGAGCAAGUCUUUAUGUCUCUUUCAGAGAGGUUGCUCCUCUAUACAAUUUUUAGAGUGGCAGUGGACCCUGCCUUCUCUAUUCCUUUGGUCCAGAUUGAGUUAUGCAAGAUAAAUAUUUAUAUACUUGAAAACCUUUCAACUUCCAAUGAUGAUGCAUUGUCCUAUAAACACUAUAUGCAGCUAUAGUAAAGUCAUCUGGUGUCUUCCAGAAAAAUAAAUGAAACUGUGAUGAAUAGUUUUGUAGUAAGUGAGAGCAGGGUAUAUGUUAAACUAUGCCAAUUUAUAAUAAUAUGUAUGUUAUUGAUAGAAAUGUAAUAACACUUUAUAUCUUUUCAGAUGUUUGUAAACUCAAUUAUUUGGUUAAGUUAUGCAAAGGAGCGAAGCUAUGGCUUAAAAAAAAGUGGAAUAAUGAAACAAUAGAUCAGUGUAA